GGGUGGAAAUUCCCAAGCUGGGUGAACCCAGUCCCAGGGACCUUCCCCACUCGGCUGAAUAACUGGAAAACCCGGCCUGGUUCUGUGCCUCAAGACAGGAUUUUGACUUUCCUAAUUGGAUCUUCAUUCAUUGAUUUCUUUCUUUAUUUCUUUAUCGUUUCUAAAAGAUUAUACACGGACUUCUAAAAGAAGGUCCUUACAAGAUUCGGACAAGGCAUAUCUCGCCUUAUCAAAGUGGCCGCUCUUUCACUUUCUGUUCUGAAUGGGAUUUUCGAGUGGGAGCGGGGAGGUUUGUUUUAACCAAGCAACUUUGGAUCACAAAGAGCAUCGGGGUAGAAGUAUUAACGGUCGAAAAGGAGCAAGGAAAAAACAAGGGAAGGAUUUGUGUCCUGAUCUGAAGAACAUACGGGGUGAAAUAUGUUGGCAAGCCUGGCCUGAGCUUAACCCUGACUCCCUUCCCAACAGAGAUGACAGCAGGGAGAAGCUUGGCACUGCUGCAGGUGCCAGUAGUGAUACCAUCUGCCAAAAGCAGUUGCAAAAAAAAGAAGAAGAAUCACGGCAGCACCUUUUUUUGGGACUUCCCUCCACCUCCUUUCUCGGCGCUGCCUACAGAAAAUACUAUGGGCAUAAAACAAGUAAAUCAUCUGCCCAGUCCUGUCUGAGUAAGCAGAAAGAUGUACAAAAUUACUACCCCUUCUCAACAUUGAUUGUUUUGAAACCUGCCCUGGAGUCAGGAAGUGAACGAAGGACAAUUGUCCCUACCAGUUCAGCCAAACUGGGCCGAACCGGAAGGAUUUCACCCCUGACUUCAACACUAGAUUUGAGGAAAAUCUGUUUUAGCCUGUUUACAGCGUUGAAACAAUGUUCUCUUUCUCAGGUAAGUAGGAACAGCAUAUCUGAUUUAGAAGACAAAGGCGCCUUUAUAAUCAAUUGCAAAAUCAGACAGAGUGGUGAAGCUAAGUCAAUCUGCUUGCAUGUAUAAGCAUUGUUAGUGUUUGCCUCUUAAAUGAUACAUUUACAAAUGCAAACACUCAUUCCAUGCUUUAGAACCACUUGAACUUACAUGUAUUUAUUUCACCAUUUUAAUCUGCCAAGGGAGGAAAAACCCCAAAUGUCUCCAAGUUACGACAGAAAGAAUCAGCCAGGAAGUUGCAGAAGCUAGGAAAAAGAAAAGUAGUGCAAGUUUCUAUAGCUGAAAUUGAUCUGAGCAACAAAGAAGCCCUAAAAGGAAGGAAAAAAUUAUUCAUGCUGACAAAGAAAACUAAAAUAGAAAUAGGUGGAAGUGACCUAGAGGGCAAGACUAAAACUAAUUCAACCAUGCCAAACUUUCUCUGGCAUAUCUGUUUUCAAGUAGCUCUCACGCUACCAUCUUUUUAUUCACAUAUUUGAGGGUAAACUUUCAAACCCGCUAUUACUGUCCGAACUUCUAUAAAACUGAACACCUAUUAGCUAGCAACAAGGAGAUAAAGAAAACUAUAACCCACUAUUGCCAUCUAGUGGUUGCCUGGAUUUCUGCAGCCCAGAUAUGGCAGAGCCACACAUUGGAUUUAAAGUUCAUUCCUUCAG